AUGGAAAAACAAGACGACGAUAAAUUUACAUUUACCUGGACUAUUGAAAACUUCAGCAUGUGCCAUCAUUCGAAGGUAGAAUGUCUUUUCAGCCCAGAAUUCGCCCUGAAUUCUUUACCUGGUAUGAAAUGGAUUAUACAGUUAUAUCCGAGGGGUGUUUUAGAUGAAGACUGCAUAAUCUUCUUUCUCAGCAGAACUGAUAAUAUUCUGGAAAACUGUAAAAUAAGUUAUAGAUUCGAAGUGCUAGACUGCAUCGAAAAAUUGUUUUUUAGCCUUGAUGAAGAAACUAGCAUAUUUGAAUGCAAGCUCUUCUCAAAUCCCCACUGUCUUCAAAGGAAACUUCCUUUUCCAUCAUUGGUAAAUGACAUUCUCAUCAUCAAGUGCACUUUGAAACCAGUAUGUGAGCCUAACGAAGAAGCGGGUAUGUUUCCAGUUCUUUACGAAAAUCGAUUGUUCACAGAUGUCGUUUUACGGACGAAUGACUCAGCUUUCAAAGUGCAUAAAGGAAUUUUGUACGCGAGGUGUUCUAAACUGGUGGAAACACUUGAAGCAAAAGGUGACUGCGAUUGUUAA